UGGUCAAUAUCGGCGUGGUGUUUACUGGUGGUGUCGGGAGCCAAGCGGGAAGGCUUCUCGUGUAUAUUUAUGUCCUAUCUCCUGUAUAUCAUCAUAAUGUAACGGUAGACUGUUGUGUGUAAAGAUAAAGGACAGUAAGGAGAAUGACCCGAAUUGCAGCUUUGAAUGAUUGGUCGUUGGGGAGCAGCGAGGAGGAGGAUAUUGGACCUACACGAGAAGCCCUUGAGGCUCAGGCCACAAAGUCAUAUAAUGAAGCUAUCAGGUAUCUAGCUCACGGAAACCUAGAAGAUGCUCAGGAAUACUUCUGUCAAGUUCUUCAAAAUCCUUAUAUUGAAAAGGCAUGUUGGCCAGAGGGUGUUGAGCCUGGAGGUGUUUUACCUCAGGAUUUAGCACUGCGAUACUCGUGCCUCAAGAACCUUGGUAACCUUGCUGUUAAACAAGGUGAUAAUGAUCAGGCAGCCAAAUACUACUUAGAGGCUGUACAACUUGACAAUACAGAAGUGACUCUUUGGCAGCGACUUGGAGCCACAGCAAUCAAACUGAAGGACUUUGAACUGGCUUUAGUUGCAUUUCAGGAAGGCCUUAAUGUCAACCCCAAACACUGGCCAUGCCUUGACCAGCUGUUAUCUGUUCUGUUCAUUCUGGAGAUGUACAUGGACUGCCUUGGGCUGUCCAUAUCUGCUCUUCACCGUGAUCCAGGCUACAUCAAAGCCAAUGCAUUCAAGGAUAAGAUAUUUGAACUUCAGCCAUCACUCACCCAAGAUGUCAAGUUCUUCUAUCAUGACAGCUCGAUCCUCUUCAAAGGGGUGGACUAUGAUAAAGCCAUAGGAGAUAAGUUCAUAGCAACAUGUGAAGCUCUGCGUCCUCCAUGUAAAGUUCUGCGACCACCAUCCCCCCUUCAGCUUCAACAGCUAAGGAAGCCUAUGUCAAAGCUUUCAUGGGCUGACCUUGGACAGGCACUUAUCCUCACAUAUGAUCGUCUUGUUGAUGCUGACGGAUUGGAAUUUGCCGCAAGAAUUGAUGUAUUUGACGCAUUAAAACCAAAAGAAGAGAAAAAUAGUGAAAAUGAUAUUGAAACAAAGAAAAAAGAGACACUUGAAGAUACUAAUGCAGAGACAGAAGCAUUUCAAGAAGGAAAAAGUGAUGUUAGUUUACAAAAUAGAGAGGAAAAAGAAAUGGAUGCUAACAAUAGGAAAGAGAAACAUGGUACUUCCAAAAAUGAUGAGGAAAAUGAUCCAAAUCACAAAUGUCAAGAUGGAAAGAGAGAUGGUAAACCAGAAGAUAAAAAUGAUUUAGAUAAAUGCCUGAAUAGUGAAGAAAAAUGGAAUGUAUGUGUACCAAAAUUACAAGAGGGCUUCCAGGGAAGUCCUCUUCGCAUAUCAAGCCGUAGAUGUACUAUUGAGCUCGGGGAAAGUCAAGAUUCCUUCAGGGUCGGUGAAAAGAGGAGAUCAAUAGAUAGUGACACAUUUUCUCGGCCAGAUGAUGACUGGAAAGGCAGUGAAGAGGAUGAUAACCAGCCAGUGGAAGCUAUAGUCACUGGUGCUGUUAAGAAUGACUUGGAACAUGCAAAAAGUGAUUGGAUGAACUCUCACAAAGACAGCAUACAGGAUAUGCUUAAAGAUGCAGAAGCAUCAGGGAAGACUAGUCCCUCUAAAUCAACUGGUGUAGCAAAGGAAAUUACGCCAAAUGAGGACUCCUUGCAGAAAAAGGAUAUUAAUGUAGAUUGUAAAGUUGAUGAGACAGUAAUGAAAGAUGUGGUAACCAGUAAGGGGAAGAAUUCUGAGACACAAGAAUGUACAGGAGAGUUAGAUUCAUACAAAAAGAUUCUCAAUGUAAGUGUAGAGUCUGAAAAUGAUUUUCAAGGUUUUGCUUCUGGUGUAACUGAUGAAGACAAAUUUAAGAAUUUGGUUCAAGAGAAAUCUAUUCUUGAGACUGUGGCAGUGAAUAAUAAAGAAGUAGAGAAGCAAGAUGAAGGGAACAAAGUCGUUUCAAAUUCUGAAGUUUUAAGUGAAAUGAUAUCAGUGGCAUUAAGUACAACUGAAAAUUUUGAAUUUCCCAAAAGUUUAAGUAAAGAUGAGGACAUUGAUCACAAGGAAAGAGACAUUUCUGAGGAAAAUUUAAAUGAUAUUUCUCCAAUUGAAAAAGUUGUUGUCCCUAGUAAUGAUAUAAAUAUAAGAAGUGUAGAAAAUUAUAAAGAAAUUGAAAAAGAAUCCAGCUUCCCACAAGACCUUGAUAAGGAAAAUAGAAACACCAGCUCAAAGAAUCCAACAGAUGAUGGACUGAGUGGGGAUGGUAACAAAAUGGAUCAGAUAACAGAGGACAUCAUAGUGCCUGCUGACAUACAUGGGGAAGAGGCAGUUCUUUUGUGUGGAGGCUUUGAACUAGAAGAUGAAGAUGCUGAGGAAGUGGAAGAAGACAAACAAGAUGAGGAGGAGGAAGAGGUGGAAGCUGAACCUGAAGAGGGGGACGAAGAUGGUGGAUCAGGAGAAAAUGAAUUGUUACAGGAAGAGGAGGAAGGCUUGGAAGAGGAAGGUGUGAUGAGCUCGGAAGUGACAGAGACAGAAGCAGCUGUAAAUGCGCUGAAAGGUAUCAUGGCUCUUCAACCAACGGAAAUAUUAGGACUUCCGGAGACAGACUUUGACUACGACAGCGAAUACGUGGAAUAUUUUGACGGUGGUGUGUAUGAGGAAGAGGAGGAGGAGGAUAUGGGUCAGGAAGAUGUUAUGGAUGGUGAAGAAGGGAUGGACCAAGAGGAAGGACUCAACCAGGGAGAAGGAAUGGAGCAUGAAGGUACAGAUCAAGAAGAAGGGACAGAACAAGAGGAAGGUAUAGAACAAGAAGGUGCAGACCAAGAAGAAGGAACAGAGCAUGAAGGGAUGGACCAGGAAGAUGGAAUGGACCAAGAUGAUGGGAUGGACCAAGAAGGAAUAGAUCAAGAGGAAGGUAUCGAACAAGAGGAGGAAGAUACUCAGGAUGAAGGAUCUGAGCAAGAAGAAGCUAAUGCAAUGGAGGAAGAUUUAGAAGAACAGGAUGAAACAGAACGGGAAGGAGUAGAAGAGACUGAAGAGGAUAGAGAUGCUGAAGAGGAAGAUGAAGAGGGCCAAGAGAAUGAGAGUCAAGAAGAGAAUAAUGGGGAGACACAAAUACUUAAAAAGAAGAAGCAAGAAGGAGGAGAAUCAACAGAAGAAAACAAGAAUGACUGUGAGAGUGGUACAGCUCACUUGGAGAAUGACAUGGGAAGCAAAAACAAUGUCACAGAGAAUCAGGUUGAAAAAGUAAAAGCAAAUAAAACUGCAGAGGAAAAGUCAGCCAGUAAUUUACAGAAUGGGCAGCCAGAUGCAGCAGAUGAAAAUGUUGUUGCAGAGGCAUCUGACAAGACAGAAGAAUCACAGUCACAAACGAGCGUAGGGGCCAGUAGAAAAUCCAAGCGUCAUAAACGAGGCUUAGAAAGAGAACUGGAACAGCUUGAUUAUUGGGGUAGACGACAAGAACGCGAUGCUAAACGGCGCAGGCGAACAAUCUCUUCCAAGUUACUAGGAACAGUUGAGGAGGCAGAGUACCUGACCUGGGGAGAUCUCUUCCGGAGCUUUGUGCCAGCAUCACUCGUGAAUGUUAGCACUGACGAUAAAACCAGAAGGAAGACACUGCAGCAAAAUCCCCAACAAGAUACCAUCAGUAAUUGUUCAUCUACUCCUGCCGCUGUUAGCAACAUUCAGGGCACCACAACUGACCAGCCUGGUGGUACACCUGAUGGUCCAUGUGACAAUAAACUUGGACCUGUGAAAAUUGUGUCCAGCAAUACAAAUAGUAACUGUAAAAAUAUUACCAAUAAUGAUAGAUCUGGUAAUAUAAAUGACACAGUUGUAGUCACUAGUAACAUUGACAGUCAAAAUAACAAUAGCAAGGAAGGGAAUGCUGCUGAAGAGGAGAGGAUUUCCCCGUCGGCUAAAAGUAAAGAGAAAAUCAGCAUUUCACCUGAUAAUACUGAUCCAACAUCCAAGAGCUUAGAAAUGGACCCUGGUACAGUAAAACCUGAAGGCAGCACAACAGCAGAAGUUAGUGAUGCUCAGGAAAAAAUGGAUGUACAUGAAGUGCCUGUAAGUGAAACUCCUAAGAAAUGCACAGCCAAAGAUGAGUGUAAAGACAGUAAUGCAGAGAUCAGGAAAAAGAGAGACGAAGUCAUCAUUAAUUCAUCAUCAGAGGAAGAACAGGUUGAAGCAUUUCUUAUGCGUCAUGAGGAGAAUGGUGGAAUUCUUGACUUGAGUCAGCAGUUUUUGCGGAUACUUUUGAAGAAACACGGAAAACUGUGGCCCGUCAUGGCAGCAAAAAUGUUCAUAGAAAUGUAUCCUCGGGUCAGAAAUCACGUGUUUCAUGGGUCAGCCUUGAGUCUGAAAGAGGACCAGAUAAGGCUCUACCAGGAUUCCAUCCUCUCGCUUACACAUUGGGAACUUGUAGUCAGCCUCCACCUAUCCUCUAAAUCAAGCCAUACAUCUGCCAGGAAUAAAAUCUUCACUGAGAAUUGCCAUCACUUGGAGGAUGACUUGGUGCACCUGAUGCUGAUGCUGGGGCGUGGGGAUGUGUGGGUGGAGGAGACGCCCCAGUUCCACACACGACUACGCUGGCUCCAGUCCCAGAUAAAACUUUGUCAAGAUGAACCAGAGGAUGCUGUGCUGUAUCUCAAACUGCUUUUAUCUGACCUUGAGUGUAUCACUGAUGUUGGGGCGGAUUAUGUUGUUGAUCGAGUUCGAAUUGAAACUGAUACAACUGUUGUAUGUAAUUCAGAAGUCAAACGACAACUUAACUUCCUACAGCGAUCACAGAUGUUGGAGCAGGUUGUUGACAACUACACAGACGGACGUUACCGAUUAGUAGCUGAUUUGCUUACAACUAUAUUCCACGAGGCUCCCCCCAAACCGCGACCAGGUGUUACAUUGCCCAUGAGACAGACACAGUUAGCAAUUCUUGUGGACUCUCUGCACAAACUUAAUGAUCACACGGAGGUUAUUGUGUGGGGAGCCCAGUCUUUAGCAGAAGCUUUGAAACGCUACAAUCGAGCCGAGGCAGAAGAAGAGAAAAAUAGAUGGGCAAAAACUAUAAUGAAAAUCAGUGACACCAUGAACACGACACUCGAGAACAAUAUCACCACUAUACAUGAUGUAGACCAUGAGCGACUAAUAGAGCUGGUGACCACGCUGAUCCAGAUUCUGGUGAUACAACUGGAGAAGCCACAAAGUGCCCAGGUCUUGCCAUUUGAGACUCUUACUCCAUGGACUCUUUUGCAUCGUCUCCUUGCUCAUGAAGAACUCCUUCAGAAACAAGUCGAUAAAAUGAAGACACAAGACACAAUAGAAAAAAGAGAAUCUUCAGUGAGUGAAGGUAGGUCACUAGAUGGGAAGACAACUGAUAGUGAAGCUAAGAAAGAAAAUGAGAGUGGAUCACUGAAUAAAUCUGACAAGGUUUCCUCAGUAUUGUCAGAAACAGGAAAUGAAACACAAAGCAAGGGUAAUUCAAUUAUUACAUGUACUGGACCUCCAACAGAUGAACUCGGCAAAACACAUCAGAACUUGACUCAGGUUGUUGUCAGUUCUGUAACUCCUGAGACAAAAGAUUGUAGCAAAUAUCAAGAAAAAGAUACCCAAGAGGAAGAAGGCACUGCUGAGAGCAAGGGAUCUGGAGUGCCCUAUCCAUCUACACUCUUUCUUAUUACAGCUCAUGAUGAACUUGGCAAACAUUCAUGGUGUUGUUAUGAUGAUGGGGUGUUUCUGCUUUACUGUUUGGAUGUGCUGCUUGGGGAGCUGCACAGAAGUCUUGAAGACCAACACCGACAGUUGUUGCACCACACGCUAGAGCAGCUGUCAUUUUGUCUCUACUCACAUCCAUCCAAGAAAUCUAAGCACAAACACCUGCGAGACCAUGGAGUGCCUCAGAUAGCCCUGUGCUGGGACCGAGCCUUGCAACUGUACCAGUACUACCGUCCCAGCCAUCUUCCUGACUUCCAAUCAUCACAGAUCCCAUCUAUCACUGAUGAUGUGGCCACACUUCAUAAAAGGAUCAUUGCUUUGCUCCCAGCAGAGGCCAGACCAGAGAACCGUAUAUCAGAUGUGGAAGCUUAUAUAAAUGGAGAAGAGAAAGAAUGUAACUACACCCCCUUCACUCCACCCACAGAUAUAAUUCGUGAUUGUUUUUAUCUUUUGGGGGAUUAUUACUUUAAGAAUAAGGAAUGGACAACUGCAAUUAAAUAUUACAAGUUAGAUGUAACCAUAAAUCCUGAUCGAUUAGACUCCUGGGCUCCACUUGGUUUAGCCAUGAAAGCCAUGCUUGAAACCCAACUCAACUCAUGUGAAGUUAUCCAAGAUGAAGAGGCUUUCUUCUCUCUUGCCCAAGCAGCUGUCAGGUGCCUCAAGCAGGCAUUGAAGCUAGAUGAAUACCACACCAAUCUUUGGGUGGAGUUUGGAGGUUUAGUGUACAUGGUGCACUCUCAUGCUUCAAGGCUCCUAAAACAAGAUCUCAAUCCUGACAUCAGCCUUGAAACUUUUGAAAUGCUUGAAAAGCUGAAAGGGCAGAUGCUAAGUCAAGCAGAGCAGUGCUUCACAAAGGCUUUGGAUAUACGUGAUGAAGGCUGGGAUGAUGAAAAUUUACCAGACGAGAGAUGGUUAUACUGUUACAUGUUAGGUAAAGUUGCAGAAAAACAAAGCAAAUCAUCAGAGGUAAUAUUACAAAAUUACCUUAAAGCUGGUGAACAUUUACAUCAGAUACAGGCAAAAUAUCCCAUCAAAAUUAAUUAUAACAGUCCCCAGGAGUAUUCAGUAGAGGCAUUAGAAAUGUACUAUCGUCCACAUGCCUAUAUGUUGAAAUACUUACAGCAGAGAGAAGGAAAAUGUGUUGAACAAGAUAUUCUGAAGAUCUUUGAUAAAUAUCUUGAUAAAUUAGCUGCAGGACCCUUUGCCUCCUGUCAGGAAAAGAAGAAAGUAUGUGAUGUUGGUGUCAGUGAAACGCUUGGUAAUGAUGGUUCCACUGUCACGGAAUCACCUGAAAUAGAUGAAUCGCCUGUUAAAAGACCUAUAGAUGAACAAGAAAAUGCGAAUGAACCGCCAGCCAAGAAAGUGGCCAUAAACAAAGAAUCAGAUGAUGUUAGUGGCAUUGUGAAAGAAGUUAUCAGUGGUAUAGUCAAUGAUGCCGUUUCAGAAUCCAACCACAAUUUAGAAAACAUGAAUACGGAAAAGGAAAGUGAUAUGAAAAGUGGUGAAAAUACUAGUGCAGAAAAUAAGGAAACUGUGAAAGAAAAAACUAAUUCCACACCUGCCGCAUCAACUGCUGAAAAGGACAAGAGAGACAGUGAUGAUGAAAUACAAGUAGUGGAGGAAAAAGUGAUAGAGAAGAAGGAUCACAUUAAUAUUAUCAGCAGGUGUAUCACAUCUCUAAAACUCUGCUUGUCCAGAUUUCCUCAAAAUUAUAAGGCUCUCUAUCGUUUAUCAUAUUAUUAUAACACCUCCAAGUUUUAUAAGGAUUGCAGUCGUGCCCGAAACUACUUACUGGGGUGUGACUACUGGCAGAGGGUAGGGUACAUGCCAGUUAAUGGUCUUUUUAAUGAGCGCAAAGUAUGGAUUCAGCAGCCAAAGAAUUCUAACUUUUUCCAUGGUGUCUGGCGAAUUCCAAAUGACGAAGUAGACCGUCCUGGGAGCUUUGCAGCCCACAUGUAUCGAUGUGUGUCCCUAACCUUGGAUAUUCUACCACAGAUGAAGGACUUCUUUCCAGUCUUACAAAUAGCUCUUGCUCUCAAAAACUCUCCUGAAAAAGACAAAAAAUACUUGAGGGAUAAUGAGCGUGAAUUGCUGUCUGAACAUGCCACUCAGGUUGGUUUACAGGCUAUGAAAGAUAAGUACAAAGUGUUUUUCAAAGGAGCCUCCCCAGUGCACGCCAAUCGUCGUCUUGCUUUUCUUCUGGAUGUUUAUCGGUCUUAUAAACAAAUAAGCAAGCAUCUGCCAGGUUCAGAGCCCCAUCUAGCAAAGAUGCUGUCUGAAGCUUAUGCAGCAUACAGAGGUAUAAAACCUGAUAGUCGUUCAAACAUACUAAGGGAGGCAGAUGCUUUCUGCAGUAGGAACCAACACUUUCAACAUCGCAUUGCACCAGUUGUACCUAGUAUCCAGGGUAGUACAAAUAUCAGUGUUAGUGGUGAUUCUCUAAUGUCUCGUAGAGGACGGCCCCCUGGAACGGGACGUGGACGAGGACGAGGUUCCAUGUAUCCCCUUCGACAGUCCCCUGGUAUAAUAGCAAUUCAGGAAGCAUACAAAAUAUAUGAGAAUUUAAUUCAGGCACAAACAAUAUUGAACAAUAAAGAACUUGACCAUGCAGCUUUAUAUACUCAUCAAAAAGAACUCGAGUACUUCCAGUCAGAGCUGCUGAAGUACUUACGUAUACCUAGUGUUUCACAGUAUUUCCAGGCCUCCUUACAAGGCUUAGGGACAGCAACAGCCAAAUUACCACCUCCACCUAAGAAUUCCGCCACGUCUGGAGGAAACACAAGCGGUCGGCAGGGUGCCAACAUUGCGACACAAAUAUUGUCUACAGCACAUACAAAUCAAGCUACUCAACCAACUCGUCCUGAUGAGCCAAGAUCUUCACUGUCUGCCCUCUCUGCCAGAUCCCAGGUUCAUGGCAUCUCUAUUACUUCUGUUCCAGCUUCAAAGUCCACCUUAGUAACAAGCAAACCUCUUAAACCUAGCAUGUCAGUCACUGUUAGUCCGGCUAAAACUGCCUGCCCACCAGCCUUGCAGGGUCGUGGUGAUAUUUCUGUGGUAUCUGUGUCUCGCCCUACAGCAUCUAGUAGAACAACUGUAACUGCCACCACAACAUCUGUAUCAAAACAAACAACUUGUAAAACAGUUUCUCCCACCACCCCACUACCUAGGCCAACAGCCAUCAGAGCAACAACUUCAAGUGCACCAUCGUCUAAAACUCCUGCCAGUGAAGCCAUCACUCUCAGUACAAACACAAGCAAGACAGCUACUUCAACCGUGAGCUCUGUACCCAAACUACCAGCUGGGACCACACUUACCCGCCCAAGUGAUACAUCUGUCAACAGAGGCUCAGCACCUCGUCCACAACUACAGGCUCAAGCUCGUCCUGCUAAUAACCUGGUGUCUGACUCUCCAGCAAAGAGCUUAACUGGUUCCAUAAGAAAUGUACCAGCUGAAAUAUUGAGCAGCACUGGAGCCCCAAUUACCCGACCAACUACUGUUCUCAGCAAUACAAAAUCUACCAAUUCAGUACAGGCUAGUAAACCUUCUUUACCCAAAGAUAUGACAAUAACCCCUGCACCACGAGUUAAGUCUACCCCUGCACCACGAGUUAAGGCUCAUCCAAAGCCACAGUUAUCUGUCAAUAGGACAACACCAUCAUCUUCCUUUUUAGGAGCUUAUCAAGCAUCUCUUGGAUUGAUAGGAACCAAGAAUUCCCCAGCAAGAGUGUCAGGAUCAAACAACCCUCGCAGUAUGAAUACUACAACAACUGGAUCUGACGGACAACAUCCCUCAUCAUCCCAGUCCAAUAAAUCUGUUCGAGUUACCCACCUGAACACUUCACAGCUGAUGCAAUUAGCUUAUGGAAAAGGAGGUACAGGAAAUGUAUCUGGAGUAAUAAGUCAGUUAACAAAGACACCACAACCAGUACGUGGUCAGUCAAGGACACCGGCUUCUAUGACAAACCAACCUCAAACAUCUAUGCCUCAACGUUCACAGGCAUCUUCAUCCCAGAGACCACAGGUUUCAGGAUCCCAACGACCACAACCUUCUGGAACUCAACGACCACAGUCUUCUGUACCCCAGCGACCACAAGGCAACCCAUCACAGCGAUCCCAUUCAAGAACCAUUCCACAAACCAGACCAGGACAAGCCCAAAUGAGGCCAUCCACAUCAAAACCAAACCAAACCAAACCUGGUCCUGGGCAAGGUGGAUCAUCAGAUGAUAUAAUUACUUUAGAUUGAGCUAGAGAGACUUGGAGCCUGAGCAGAAGUGUGUUAAUUCCGAGACUUUGUCCCCAAGUGAAGUGUAUGCAUUCUUUAAUAUCAAUAUCUUUCAUAGGGGAUACAAACGAUGUUUACAUGAGACAGCAUUAAUAUACAUUGAUGUGAUUUCUUUAUCUUUUAUUAUAAUAAAAACUCAGCUGGAGUUUCUGUGGCAGAAUGUAAAUUGAAAUAAUGAAAGCUGAGACAGCCAAUGGAAGUACUGUAUGUGUACAGUAUUUAAUAGAUCUUCCUACCUAAGCAUUUUGUUUUUUCUUGUAAAUUUUCUUGAUGAUAGACUAUACAUUUCUGAGAUUUUAUAUAUUAACUAAAUUUAGUUCUAUUUAAAUAUGUGUAUAGCUGCAGCUUCUUGGGUUGCAUUUUUAAAUUUCCACUUUUACAUUACUUUAAAAAGUGACAAGAUAUGACCAAAAAAUAAAUGGUUUAUAUAAAAUGGCAUUCUUUUAUUUAAAAUACUGUAAUCAAAGCAACAAUGGAAAUUAUUUGAGGUCAUAGGUAUCUGAAACAGGGAAACCAGGGCAUUUGGAAAUUCAAUAUUUUUUUAUCAAUGCCCCAUGCCCACCCACCAAAGGAGCUAAGCAUGAACUACUGGUGGUAAUAUAUUGUUACUAGGUAGUAGGCAGCUAUCAAACAGGAAGGUACAACCGCCUGGGAAGAUAUUGGAAGCAUAAUGU